AUGGCCGGAUCCUCUCAGCAGGGCGAGCUUGUUGAUGUCGAGGACAAACUUGUUGAGGUAGUGGAAUGGGAGGGUCGGGAAUAUCAGAAAUACAGCCUUGCCAGAGAGAUUAACCUCAGCCCUUGCGACCAGGACGAGGCAGAUCGAUUGGAAAAACAGCACUUUUUCCUGAAGGACCUGCUGACAGGAGAAGAAUGGCCGCGAAAUCAUCGUCUGUUUCCAGCCGCCGCAACCCAUGCGCAUGACUUUCUCGACUUAGGGUUUGGUACAGGGCUAUGGUGUGCCGAAGUUGGCUCGUAUGACACGCGAUUCAGAGUAGUCGGCAUCGAUAUAACGAGCCACAUGGCGAUCGACGAUAACCCUCCAAAUGUCGAGCUCGAGCUUCAGAAUUUGAACGAAGAAUUGAUGUUGUCAGACCUUAAUAGCUUCGACUUCGUUCGGCUCAGUUUUGUCUCUGGUGGCAUAAGCAGACAGCGAUGGCCAGGAUUAUUAUCCGAUAUCUUCAAUAAAGCUCUGAGACCAGGCGGCAUCGUUCAGUCGAUGGAGUGGGACCUGCACUUCAGAUCGGACUCCGAUGCAGAAGCCUCGCUGAGCAACCUUCGGGAAUGGACUCGACUGUACACCACAGCUCUGAGUUCCUCUGAGCGUCACGAAGGCCGUAAAAUCCACAGGGUCGAGGAUAUCGAGGACUUCAUGAGGGCAGCCAGGUUCGAGGUGUCGUCCAAAGUAAUUGACGUACCCAUCGGCGGCUGGCCAAAUGACAGGCGCUCCAAGGCAAUCGGCACGAAGAACUUCGAGAACAUGUCUUCGCUUCUCGAGACGAUUGCAACAUAUGUUGUUGUCAGUCGCCGCAUCUGCAGCCUGGAGGACUUCAAGGACCUCAUUGAGAACGCCAAGACAGAGCUGGGGAAUGAUGAGGCUGAGCUAUACAUGCGACUGCACAUAGUAUGGGGCAAGAAGGCAGCGUGA